GGAGUCACCUGACGGUGACGUCAUUGAAGACGGAUGCUGGCUGAGGAAGGAUGAAUCCACACACAUAAAUGUUGCGGAGCUAAAUGCGGCCGUGAGAGGCAUCAACGUGGCCGUCGCUUGGGACAUGCGUGUCAUCGAUCUGCGCACGGACUCGGUCACAGUGCACCGUUGGAUCAACGAUGCAUUGAGCGGCCGCACUCGGCUGCGCACCAAGGCACACGGAGAGAUGUUGAUCAGACGCAGGGUCGACAUGAUUCGACAGCUGGUGGAUGAGCUCGAGCUGUCGCUGUCUGUAACUCUAGUGCGGAGCGCAGCGAAUCGAGCAGACGAGCUGACCCGAGUGCCGAAAGACUGGGUGCGUGAUGAGUCAUCGCCUGCAGCUACUGAGACAAUGGCCGGCUGCGAGGCUGCGGCCAAUGGGCUGGCAUUGCCUAACUCUGAUGACGAUUCAUCGGGUUCGGCAGUACUGAGAGGAGGCGAUCAAGUCGCAGCUGCAGGUGGUAGCAGCGCUGAGGUGGAUCGGAUGACGCCGCGGGGAGACUCGGCCGGCGCGGCAGAGGACCGGACGGAGGAUCAGCUUGCACCAGGAGGCUCUGCUGAUAUUGCGGAGGCCAUCGCAGGAGUGCAUGACCGCGCCGGACAUCCCGGGGUUCGUCGGACACUGUACUUUGCACGGCGUGACAUUUCAAAGGACGUGACGCGAGCUCAAGUGCAAAAUGUGGUGAGCCAGUGUGACGCAUGCCGCUCAAUCGAUCCGGCGCCAAUGAAGUGGAGGCAUGGCUCGUUGGAAGUGUCUGACGUAUGGAAGCGACUGGCAAUUGAUGUAACGCACUACCGGGGCCAGUCGUUUCUCUCGGUUGUGGACUGUGGACCCUCGCGGUUCUGUCUGUGGCGACACCUGAGUCGUCCGGACGCUGAUGUCACGAUCGCUCAGCUCGAACAGAUCUUCUUCGAGCGCGGGGCACCUGAGGAGCUGCUUUGUGAUAAUGACACCAUCUUUCGCAGUCGGAGUUUUGCGGCUUUUGCAGCGAGGUGGGGCGUGCGUCUUCGAUUUAGGGCGGUUCAUGAGCCGGCUGGCAAUUCGAUAGUUGAGCGGAACCAUCGCACGAUCAAGGUCAUUGCUGCGCGAAAACAAUGCUCGGUGGCCGAGGCAGUCCACCUGUACAAUGUAACGCCGCGCGAGGGUGGAUCUGCACCCGCGAGUGUCGUGUUCCGGUACAAUGUGAGGGACAAUGUGCGGCCCGCUGCUGCACCGCCGGCGCCCAACCCCGUACCAAUGAACAGUGAGGCAGCCGCGUAUCGUGUUGGCGACCCUGUCUGGGUACGUCGUCGGGGAACUCGGUGUGUUGAUGCGUCGCGUCCCGGCACGGUGUCUGAUGUCGUUUCUGAGCAGGUCGUAGAAGUCGAUGGAGUGCCGUGGCACGUGAGAAAUUUACGCCGACGGAAUGCCGCCGUCGAGGAGGGGCCCGUUAGUGAGGGCGACAGUGAGGGAGAGAGGGACGGUGAGAGUCUGGUCAUUACCGUGCCGGUGGUGAAUGAUGCGGGCUCAGAGGGGAACAGUGGGCCGGAAGUCGUGGAGGGAGAGUCAGCUGAGAUUGUGGGCGAGGAGGAGCGACAGAUUCCACGUAGAAGCGAGCGGGAACGUAGACAGGCCCAGUAUUUCCAAUCGAUGGGGUGAUCCUUUGAGAGCAAGGGUGGAGUGUAGUUUCAGUGAUGCUUUUCGAUGCUAAGUGAUGCUUUCCGCGAUGCGAGUCGGAUGGACUUCGCUCAGGCGGUGUCAGGUCGCUGCCGCCGGGGCCAAGCUGUGUCCGGGCAGGCGGUGAGUCAGUGAGCGAGAUGGACUGACGGUGUGAGGGUGCGCGCUGAGGAAUACAGAAU